GCCCUCCUAACUGCAAGAAUUUUUUUUUUAAUUCUCUGGAAAAAAAAAAAAUCUUACGUUGUUUUACUCGUCUAGUCUUCUUUGGUUUUUCUAUUUCUUGCUGCUCUGCCCUGGAAUCUCUCUCGUCCUUGUGUAGGAGCCUUUCUUUCUCUGUCUCUCUCACAGGUCUCUCAACUUUCACUCUCAUCCGCUUCUUCUUGUUUUCUUCUUUUCCCCCUCUUCACCCUCUCCCAAUAAUAGAACGAGUAAAUAAAUACCCUUCGUCCAAUUUCAUCAGAGCAUCUUCUACAUCUUUCUUCUGGGUACUGGAUUUGAAGUGGGUGGGUGGGUGAUUGUGUUGGUUUAGUUAGCUACAGGAGGCAGCUGGUAUUCGUGUCUAUUUGUUUCUCGUGGGGGGGAGCGAGGAUGAAUCGAUGUGGGUAUGAGCAGAAGGCCGCCAUGGCAGCAGCAGCUUGUGAGGAGAAGAGGGAAUUGGGGAUGGUGGUGAUGAUGGAGACUGUUAUUUGUCCCAAGCCUCGUCGAUUGGGCGCUUUGAAUCCUUCUCUCGCUACCACCUCCUUUAUAUUUGUUCCUCCUUCCCCUCCUAUGCAUCAUUACCUAGCGGAGGCCGAUGAUUCAAAAGUUGGGGCGGAGCUUCUCGACAUAAUCCUCUCCAAGGGAGGAUACCAAGUGGCGUCGUCACCGCCAUUCUAUUGCGGGUCGCCGCCGAGCAGAGCGUCGAAUCCCGUCAUCCAAGAUGCGGAAUUCGGGAGCAAAAACAAAGCGGUGGUGGGUGCGUCGUUUUCGCCGGCCGCUUCCCCGUUGUCGCCAUCCACGUCAGCCUCGCGUGGGUGUGUGAGAUUGGGGCAGAAGCCGGCCACCGUGAGGAUCGAAGGCUUCGAUUGCCUCAACAGAGACGGCCGACAAAACUGUCGCAUCUCUGCCGUCGCAUAAUUAAUAAAAAAGAAACCACUCCACAUUUUGGUAGGUUUCCAAAACUACAAUCAAAUAAGUCAGAAUUUUGAUCUGGAUAGAGAGUAAAAGCAAGUGACGUUUUCGAGCUCAAAGGUUGGGCAAUUAUUUUCCUGUUCUUGUGUAAAUACGGAGGGAGGGAGUACUAUAAGUAGGAUCAAGCCAUUUCAUUCCAUUUUCCAAAUAGUUGGCGCUUAUGUAUGAGGCUACUAGGGUCGUUGUUCUUCACCUCUGUUUGAUCCGCGACCUUUGCGAUUACGUUUGAAGGAUCGAUUGUUGCGAAGAACAGAUGAAGAUGAAGCUACAUCGGAUGGUGUUGAGUUAUGGAGGAAGUAAUAAAUAGCUCUAGCUAGGGUUUGGGGAGAGUUCCAAAUGGUGUCUCUCCCCUCUUUUCCUUGGUGAUGGUGAUGAUGAAUAGGUACAUUUUGUCAAUAGAUCAGAUCAGUUUAUAUGUCCUCUGUUUCCAUAUGAGAUGUUUUCCUAAUUGUAGAACCUUUUUUUCCCUUUAGUAUGAGAUAUUUUGAUUGGUCAUUUGAGAAAAUUGUAAGAAAGUUUUGAAAUUUGUUGUGUUUUUGCAACAAACAUGUUAUGAUGAUAUGUUCCCCCUAAUCUGAUUCUGAUGAUGAUAAUGAUACAACAUUGUGGUUCCGUUCAUUCA